CUGCCGCUCUGAGCAGGGCCGCUCCCGCUGCUCACAUGAACCUGGGCCAACACCAAUUCAUGCCAACCCUCGUGACCGACUCCCCCUGGGCCGAGGCCCCGCCGGGCGAUCACAAGCAGGCGAAUCGAUGGACGGACAGUCGGGCGGCUGAGGUUUAGGCUCCACAUGGCAGAGGCUGCCCGUAAACAGGACGACCGAAGUCAGAUUUCACGUUGGGAACGGCGGGAAGUCGGAUCGGCGGAAACUCUGGGCAUGUGGCGGUAGGAGCGGCCGGCCGCCAUGUUUUGCACGGCAAAGCCCCCCGGCUCCGUGUCGCCGGCCAAGAGGCAGAUCACCGAGGUCAAGGAGACCAAGAUCACAGUGAACUGCGUGACGUUCCCACUGCCAGGAGAAGGUCCGGAGCAGCAGCUCCUCAAGCCCAACGAAUGGAGCUACUGCGAUUAUUUCUGGGCCGACAGGAAGGACCCGCAGGGGGCCGCCCACGUCACGGGCUUCGAGGUCCUGCUGCAGAAGCAGCUGAAGGGGAAACAGCUGCAGAAGGAGAUGGCUGAGUUCAUCCAUGAGAGGAUAAAGAUUGAGGAGGAAUACGCCAAAAACCUGUCCAAGCUGUCGCUGAGUCCGCUGGCAGCGCAGGAGGAAGGGACUCUGGGAGAGGCCUGGACUCAGCUGAAGAAGAGCCUCCAUGAUGAAGCUGAAGUUCACCUCAAGUUCUCCAACAAGCUGCACACGGAGGUAGAGAAACCGUUGCUGACGUUCAGAGGUGACAACUUCAAGAAGGAUCUGAAGAAAUACGAUCACCACAUCGCCGACCUGAGGAAGCAGCUGGCCAGCCGCUUCGCCGGCGUGGAAAAGGCUCGUAAAGCCCUGGCAGACCGGCAGAAGGAUCUGGAGGUGAAGACGCAGCAGCUGGAGAUCAAACUCAGCAACAAGACAGAGGAGGACAUAAAGAAGGCGAGACGGAAAUCCACACAGGCAGGAGAUGAUCUGAUGCGCUGUCUGGAUCUCUACAAUCAGACUCAGUCCAAGUGGUUUGAGGAAAUGGUCACAACCAGCAUGGAGCUGGAGAAGCUGGAGGUGGAGCGGGUCGAAUGGGUUCAGCAGCACCUGCGUCAGUACACCACCCUGCGGCACGAAACAGACAUGUUCAACCAGAGCACGGUGGAGCCGGUGGACCAGCUGCUGCAGAGCAUGGAUCCAGCCAAAGACAGGGAGCUGUGGGUGAAAGAGAACAAAACUGGCGAGGUUCGGCCUGUGGAUCUGGACAUUUAGGCCCGGAUACCCUCCGACCUGCUCUCAGUGUCACCGGGUCCGAUAGCCUGAGAGCGGCCCGGUCGGCGGACGGUGCAUGUGCAGCCUGCUGAGCUCUGACUUUAAUCACAACGAGGGAAGAUCGAACGCAGUCCUGGAAAACAAACGGAUCAAAGAACCAGCAUGUUCCUCCUAAACUUCACCCGUCACUAAAGCAUUAGCUUACUGAAUGCCAUAUAGCGUACUCUGCUGUUUACCUGUUGUAAAUUAUAUAUAUAUGAAAAAAAUCUAUGUUCUUUAAAAUCUUAAAUUUAGCUUCGAUCAACUUGUUUCCAUUUUGUGCUAACCAAACAAAAAGAAAGAAAGCUGCAGUCUUAUUGUGGACGUUAACUUUAUUUUAGAUACAGAUUCUGAAACUGAAAGAGGUUUGAUGAUGAAUAUAUUUUCAUAUUUCUUCCUGGUUCAUUUCGGUGGAAAUGCAUGUUUGACCCUCCAUGCCUCAUGAUGGUGGUUUUGUGUAGCUCACUGAAUUUGCACAAGGUGAUCUGUGUUUUUAAUUUAGGCUCUUUCUACAACAGAAACGUUCAGCAUUAAUAUCCAGCAUCCUCACAUGUUCAGAGCGUCCAGCGCUUGGAACGGAAAUUCAGCUCCCAACAUCACAUUCAGGCCCGGGUCCGAUUGGGAUCCAGUCUGCAGGAAAAGGUGGUCCAAGUUACACGAAACACCUUUUAGUGCCUCUCAGUUUCUAUACCUGGAAUGUCCUUGAUAUAUUCUCUGCAUCAGUGUACAUUUGUAGAUACUGGUUAGAUGUAUUUUGCUGUGAAACGUUUUGACAGAUCUGCAGAUGUUCAGGCAGGCGAGGUGUUUACACUCUACAACGUUGUUUAUUUUUGGUAAAUGUGCAGGGAAUAUUUUUACGGUGGUGUUGAGCAGCAAAAAGCUAAAUUGAUCAAUUUGUGUGCUGAUCAACAGACGAUUCGAUUAUGCAUUUCUAGAUUGGGUGGAUCCAGUUGCAGCACCAAGUCAGACGAAGCCCAUCAGAUCCCCGUCUGCAUGUAGAGUCGGUUUACGUGUGCAUUUCUCUGUCGUCUUCACAUUUCCUCUGGUCUAUGUCUUUGGUUUAUUUGCUCAUUUAAUUCAACUGCAAGGCACAAAAAAUAUUUUGAUGAAAGAUAAAUGUAAACUAAUGUUUUAAAUAUACAUUCUUAGUUUUGUGAAGAAGAGGAAAACGAUCCUGUUUUCAUCCCACCUGGCUACACGUGCAGGCUUUGGUAGUGUAUUUGUUGUAGAGGUUUCAUCGUCGUGCGUCAGUGUUGUGCACUAAAUGUUGUUACGUUCCAACUAAAUGCUCCUGAUAGGAGUCUGAUGAUGACGUAACGGUUGACCUAACUGGCCUGUGUGGUGACUGUUUACAUUAAAUCCAGUGUUUCAGAAUGUUUUGAUCAUUCGUGACCUCUGUCCCGAUCGUGAACCGAGGAAUGCAGUGUACAAAAUAAAUCUCCUCUGAAAAUUAAA